AACCACUCGCAAUCUGUCAGAGUAACUGUCAACCUUUUUAAUGAAAAGCAUCAGUUGAUCGGUGUCAAACAUUAAAUUUUGAUUAUUAGUUAUUUUGUAUUAUUAUCUUUUUAAUGGAUGCAUCGUCACACUUUCAAGAAAUAAACAAUGGCUAGAGAAUAUGAUCACCUAUUUAAAUUGCUCAUAAUCGGGGAUAGUGGUGUUGGAAAAUCAUCGCUUUUACUCAGGUUUGCGGAUAAUACUUUUUCUGGAAGUUACAUAACAACUAUAGGUGUAGAUUUCAAAAUAAGAACUGUAGAAAUUGAUGGCCAACGAGUUAAACUACAAAUAUGGGAUACUGCUGGACAGGAAAGAUUUCGGACAAUAACAAGCACAUAUUAUCGUGGAACCCAUGGUGUCAUAGUGGUGUAUGAUGUAACAAGUGGAGAAUCUUUUGCGAAUGUUAAACGCUGGCUCGUGGAAAUUGAUCAAAAUUGUGAAGUUGUAAAUCGUGUACUGGUUGGCAACAAAAAUGAUUCUCCUGAAAGAAAGGUAGUCGUAACAGAAGACGCACAAAGGUUUGCUGAUCAAAUGGGAAUUCAAUUGUUUGAGACAUCUGCAAAAGAUAACAUUAAUGUUGAAGAAAUGUUUAUGAAUGUAACAAAACAAGUAUUAAGACAUAAGCAACAAACUAGGGAACGUCAAGGUGAUCACACUAGAGAAACUGUUGUACUCAACAGGAAAAGUGGUAAACCAAAAAAGAAAUGUUGCUAACACACAUGGUAUCCUUGUAUUUUAUAGAAAUACAUUUAUUAGGAAUAAGAGCAUUAUUAUAUAUGUAAUUCAUUCCUUUCCAAUGUAAAAAAUAAAUUCAUAUAUAAAAAUGGUAUAAAAUUAAGUAAAUAGGUGUGAAUUUAUAAAAGUAAGUCAUUUUAAUGUAUGUUUUUAAAUGCAUGAUUAUGAUGUAUGUAUGCAGGCACCAUAUGUGGAAACAUAUUUCAAAAGAUUUUUUAAAAAUUAAACUACAUUAUCACAUUCCUAGAUCAAAAUAAAUGAAUCAUUAAAUGUGUAAAA